GGGUAAAUUUUAAUACCGAAAGUGUCCCACGGUAUGCCCGCCGUGGAAAUGGCUGCUACCGCUGCAGAAGAAACAUCCACACUGAGCGUUGUGAACGAUGCUCCGGUGGAGGAGACCACAGAGGGCGACGGCCAGGAAAAAGAGAAAGGCCUUACCGAACCGGAAACAGAGGAUCCGGGCAGCAGCGUAGAACCGAAAACGGUGGCGACGGAGGCGGAGGCCGGCGAAGAGAAACCCGUUGCACCGGCAGAGAAGGCCGCGAGUGAGGCGCUGACAGACGAUGCUGCAGCGGGCAACCGGGAGGAGACAACCGCUCCCGAAGAAGCAGAGCAAAAGCAAGAGGUGCGAGAGGUGCAAGAGGUGCAAGAGGCACAGGAAAGCCCGGGGGACGGCAAUGUCAACAACGAACCUGCCGGCAGUAACGCAAUGAAAGAGGCUAUCGUUAAAGAGGAGCCUGCAGAGGAAAGCUCGGGGAUGGACUGCGAGAAGAGCAAACCCGGUUGUGAAGACGGUGAGAAACCCAGCAGCGGAGCCGGGGAGCUGGGAGACAAGAGGCGACCGAGUGUGGAGAUCUCAUCCUCAGACGGUGAACCGCUGAGCCGGAUGGACUCCGAGGACAGUAUCAGCAGCACUCUAAUGGAGAUGGAGAGCACGGUGUCCAGUGGCCGCUCCACCCCUGCUAUGAUGAAUGGACAAAGCAGUGCCAGCUCCUCUGGGACCAAGACAGUGGCUUACCCUUGUUGCUGGGACCUCUGUCCACAGUGCUUUAACUCCAGUCCUGAUCUGGCUGAGCAUAUCAGGGGCAUUCAUGUGGACGGACAAAGAGGAGGGGUGUUUGUGUGUCUAUGGAAGGGUUGUAAGGUGUAUAACACCCCGUCCACCAGUCAGAGUUGGCUCCAGAGACACAUGUUGACCCACAGCGGAGAUAAGCCCUUCAAGUGUGUAGUUGGUGGCUGCAACGCCAGCUUUGCUUCCCAAGGAGGGCUGGCUCGCCAUGUACCGAGCCACUUCAGCCAGCAGAGCUCUUCCAAAAUGUCCAGCCAGGCCAAACUCAAAGAGGAGUCGCCCUCCAAGGCUGGUCUCAACAAAAGGAAGAAACUCAAAAACAAACGCAGGUGCUCCCUACCGAGACCCCAUGACUUCUUCGAUGCCCAGACCAUGGAUGCUAUCCGCCACAGAGCCAUCUGCCUCAACCUCGCCACCCACAUUGAAAGUGUGGGCAAUGGCCACAGUGUGGUCUUUAACAGCACGGUGCUAGCCAAAAGGAAAGAGGGCUCUGGCAAGGUGAAAGUCCUCCUACAUUGGACACCUGAGGACAUACUACCUGACGUGUGGGUGAAUGAAACAGAGCGAUCUGGGCUGAAGACUAAAGUGGUGCACUUAUCCCAGUUACCGCAGGACACAGCCAUGAUGCUAGAUCCAAACAUCUAUAGAGCACUUCCUCAGAAGCGGCUGAAGCGAAGCCUGUAAGGAGUCAUCUGUGGACUUGAUACUUAAGGGGAAAUCCUUGUUCAUAGGAGGUUUAUCUAUAUGGGAUGGGACGCUCUUCAUCUGUUUCUGCUGAACGGGGGGAGCGAAGUGCCGAUAAAAGGAAGUAAAACUUGGUUAUGCUCCAGUUCUCCUUUUUUUUUUUUUCUUCUUAUUUUCCAUUUUGUAUAUCUGAAACCACUGUUGCAGCCAAGUGUGGUGUGAAAUGGGACUAACAAUUUGAAAAGUUUGU